AUGCUGCAAAAUAGUAGCCUCGGGCAGGCGCAGCGCUUUAAGAAGCGCGAGCGCACCCAAAACUGGGCGUACGAGGAGAAACACUUCCUGCUCGAGCUGUGCCGCAAGGACAUGCACAUCAUCGAGAACAAGCGGCUGGACAGUGCGCUGACGACGCUGAAGAACCGCGCCUGGAAGAUCAUCCACCAGCAGUUUGCGAUCGCGUUCGGCACCGACCGGAACUGCAACCGGUUGAAGGAGCAAUGGCGCCGGAUGAAGGCCUGCACGCGGGCAGAGAUGCUCGACUACCAGCAGCGGAUACAGCGCUUCGGGCAGGAGGUGGCCGAUCGCAAGAAACCGAGCCAGUUCACGUUCGAGAUCUGGGAGUUUAUGCAGGAAGCGAAGAAGGUGUGCAAGAACGAGCUGAUGGAUGAUGUGGACUACUCGAAGAUGAAGUUGUCGCUGGAGGAGAACCUACCGCAGGGGGUUUCGAUUAAGGAUUGUAGCGAUGAGAACGAUGAUGAGAGUUCCUCGAUGUGGGACAAAACCUCACAAAGUAUCUGCGAGGUGCAGCUGAAGGAAGACUCCCACGAUGAGCUGGAUGACUACGAUAAAGGACCACAGACGAAGUACCCACGGCUGCGAGGACUUUCGAGUGCAUCGUCCCCAUUCGGGACGGGAUCAUCCGCUGCGGAAGCGGCUCACAGUCGCUUCAACGAGCUGUUGGCGUCCAGUUUCGCAAGCCGGCUAGCGAACAGUGAUCAUCAUCAUCACCUGAACGCAAGCGGAGCUGCCGGAAACAACAAUAAUAAUAACAAUAACACCGCCACCGGGAACAAACUGCUCGAAAGCCUGGACGCCUACAACCGGACGGCGUUUGGAAGCGAAUCGAACCUGGCCGAGCUGGCACAUGGUGCUGCUGCGAAUGCUAACCUCUCGCAGGUGGACCUAAGCAACACGCUUGAGGCGUUGAACCUGCUGAAGAAUCGCUUCAACCGUAUGAGCGAGCUGGGUCACUGGAAGAACGCAUUUCAGGAGGCACAAAUCCUGACGACGGUUAACCACGGUCCCGAAUCACCGACCAGUGGCGGCCCCAACGUGAUCGGUGCAAGCAACCACAUGCUGCCGGGGCUAGUAAACGGUGGAAAUGGUGCACUGCUGCACGAUCCCGAUGGUAACGAUGGCGUACAGGCCCGUGGAGGAUCACCUGUACCGAUGGAUAGAAGCGCGAGUGCCGCGUGUCUUUCGAAGUUGCUGCAGGCGCAACAUCAGAGCGAACACGAGGUGCGGAUGGCGAUAUUGAAGACCGAUCUGGAGACAGCUAAAAUUAACCAAGAAACGGCACAACUAAACCGGCAGCUAGCGUUGCGGAAGCUGCACCGUGGUGGAGAUGAAGGCGGUGCCAACAGUUCGAGUGUGGCGAGAGAUGAGGACGAUGGCGAUGGAGACGAUAACACCUCGAAUUCGAACUCGGUUCCCGAGAGCAGGUUAAUGGUGCGAUCGCUUUCGUCGCUAGAGGGCGCUCCAGUGCCGUUAUCCUUGUCCGUACCGUCGUCACCUUCGCUGUUGCUGAAAGCUGGCCACAAGAUCGAAUGAUCUUUUGGGGGUGCGUUUAAAGGAAUGCUGCAAGGAUCGCGAAUCAACCAAAGGCCCGUCGUCGUCGUCGUCGCACUAGCGCUCCUAGCAGUGCGUUGGGAAGGCUCCAUCCUCUUUGAUCCCGCCUUCGACUCCAACGCGAGGUGUAUUUAUAUAGUUCAAACGAUCGUAGAGUGGACACGAAACUCCCUUGCAUUGCGGGCGACUCUGUGUUUAAAAACGUGUAUCUAGGACUCCCGAACCGAAAUUGGGGUCUUGUUUGUUGAUGAGUUAUCACAAACUACACCAUUCCGUUUGAGAUAAAAGUGUGAAACAGAAGCAAGAAACAGAGCAGGGAGUUGGCAAAAGGUUUGUGAAUUUUACCCCCGACUGCCGACUGCCUCUACAGUAACACAGGAAGUAGGAAGAAGCGGGACAAUAGUGGUAGUAGAUUGUUACAAAAAUAAACGAUAGAUAGCUGUACACCCAGUUACUAUAACUAUUUACUAUAACAAUAUUUUAUUCUGAUCCGUUGUUAACGCAACUAGACCUCGGUAACUAGACGCUAGUAUAGGAAAAAUGGAAUACUGCAGCCCACGCAGUAGGCUAGGAAGGUCAAAUUUGUGUGAGAACUGAAGAAAUCGGCACAAACCAAUUUGCUAUUGAGUAAUGUCGAAUAAAAAAGGCUUGGCA